AUGGAUGCCCAGCAGUCCCCAGACUCCAGCAGCGACGAGUGCACGGUCCUGGAGGCUGUGUCCAAGAACAGCUGCCCCCUCCACCCCAGCAAGGUGUGUGAGCGCUUCUGUCAGCCGUGCCGCUGCCCUCUGUGUGAGGACUGUGAGGGGCAUGGGGACCACCCCUUCCUGGAGCUGGACCAGGGCCUGGACCAGACCAGAGACCAGCUGCAAGAGGGACUCCACGCGCUUCAGUCCAGGCGUCCGCAGGUGUCAGAAGCGCUGGCCCAGGUCAGAGAGAUCCUGCAGCAGCUGACCAAUCAGAGAGCGGCGAUGGAAGAGGACAUUCAGUCAGCGUUUGAGGAUCUACACAGACAGCUGGACGUCCGGAAGAGUGUUCUGCUGAUGGAGCUGGAGGUCACGCACGGACUCAAGCACAAGGUGUUGGAGGCUCAGCUGCAGAGUUUGGCCGCCUGUGAGGAGGACAUGUGUGGCCUCAGUGCUGCGGUGGAGGAGGCUGCCGCUGCUGAAGCCUCUGUCUCGACCCUGUCAGAGGAGCAGGAGCUGGGCCACAAGCUGGAGAAGUUCACCCACCUCACCAUCCGCUCAGAUCUGGAGGAAAACGACCAACUAGACCUGAUUCUGGAGACCGAAGCGCUGCGCAAGUCCAUUCACAACUUGGGCACCAUCGUCACCACCAGUGCUGUGGCGAGUCAGAGCGAGGCCAUGGGGGUUGGACUGGAGCAGUGCGUCGUGGGACACCCUGCCUGCGUUACCAUAGUGACGCGUGACAAAUCCGGAGGCGCCUGUAAGAACGGGAACGCGAUCCUGUCGGCUGAGGUGUUCACUCCGGACGGCAGCAUCGUCGACGGCGAGAUUAUGGACCACAAGAACGGGACGUAUGAGUUUGUGUACACGGUCCCCAAAGAAGGAGACUUCUCUCUGGCCCUGCGCCUCUACGACCAUCACAUCAAGGGCAGUCCGUUCAAACUGAGCGUGAGAAAAGCCUCCGAGGUGGAGGUGUCUCCUUCCACCACCACUGCCACCAACUCAGCCGCCAACGCCACCCCGUCCACAGGCUCCUCCGAUGGGACCAAGAGGCGCGGAAAGUCUCCUGGGCAGAAGAAGAAGGGCUCCAAACGGGCCAGCAGCGCUUUGGGGACUCCGCGACGCAAACACCAGAACCCAAUAGAAGACGAUCUCAUCUUCAAGAUCGGAACAAAAGGUAGAAACAAAGGAGAGUUCACAAACCUUCAGGGAGUGGCUUCAUCCAACGACAGGAUUCUGAUCGCAGACAGCAACAACCAGUGCAUCCAGAUCUUCUCCUCGACAGGCGAGUUCCAGAGCCGGUUCGGGGUCCGUGGCCGCUCUCCGGGUCAAAUGCAGAGGCCGACUGGAGUGGCGGUUCACCCGAGCGGAGACAUCAUCAUCGCAGACUACGACAACAAGUGGGUCAGCAUCUUCUCCGGUGACGGGAAGUACAAGGCGAAGCUGGGCUCUGGGCGUCUGAUGGGACCCAAAGGCGUCGCGGUUGAUCACAAUGGUCACGUGAUCGUGGUCGACAACAAGUCCUGCACUGUCUUCAUCUUUCAGAUCAGUGGGAAGCUCGUGUCCAAAUUUGGCUCUCGUGGCACCGGAGACAAACAGUUCGCUGGUCCUCAUUUCGCCGCCGUGAACAAGAACAAUGAGAUCAUCGUGACUGACUUCCACAACCACUCAGUUAAGGUCUUCACUCUGGAGGGGGAGCUGGUGCUAAAGUUCGGAUCGAAUGGAGAAGGAAACGGUCAGUUCAACGCUCCCACUGGAGUCUCUGUGGAUCAGAACGGAAACAUCAUCGUGGCCGACUGGGGCAACAGCAGAAUACAAGUUUUCGACGGUUCUGGUUCAUUCCUGUCGUACAUAAACACGUCAGCAGACCCUCUUUACGGACCCCAAGGCCUGGCUCUCACCUCUGAUGGACACGUGGUGGUCGCUGAUUCUGGAAACCACUGCUUCAAAGUCUACCGAUACCUGCAGUGA